AUGACUCCAGAGAAGGCUGCUAUGUCUGAACAUAUUGAGAACGACAAUCCACCGAGCCAUGAUGCCCUCGACCUCCCCAACAGUAGCGAGGCACAGGCAGCCAUUGCGAAAGAACAUGACAUGACCCUAUGGGAAGCGCUUAGGCUUUAUCCCAAGGCCGUGGGGUGGUCUCUUCUGUUUUCCUGUGCCAUCAUCAUGGAAGGCUAUGAUGUCGUCCUCAUCGGCUCCUUCCUGGCAUUUCCUGCAUUCAACGAAAAAUACGGAGGUCUCAUGUCUGAUGGCACCUAUGGGCUCGAGGCUAAGUGGCAAGCCGGCGUAAACAACGCCAUGGCCUGCGGUCAAAUUAUCGGACUUUUCCUCAACGGUCUUGUCUCAGAGCGCUUUGGAUAUCGAAAGACCCUGAUGGCAUGUCUUGCUGCCACUGUUGGUUUCGUUUUCAUUCUGUUCUUUGCCCCCAAUAUCCAAACUCUGGUUGUCGGCGAGCUCUUCAUGGGCAUCCCCCUUGGUGUAUACCAAACCCUCGUCGUGACAUACGCAUCUGAAGUGUGCCCUAUCGCGCUGCGCGCAUACCUCACCACAUAUGUUAACCUCUGCUGGGUGCUAGGCCAAUUGCUCGCCUCGGGCGUGCUGAAGGGUCUCGCCAAUCGCAGCGAUCAAUGGGCAUACCGUAUCCCCUUCGCUCUGCAAUGGAUCUGGCCCAUCCCCAUUUUCAUUGGGGUGUUUCUGGCCCCCGAGAGCCCCUGGUGGCUCGUUCGGCAAGACCGCCGCGAAGACGCCGUCAAGGCUCUGAAACGACUGACCCGCGCUAGCGCCGACUUUAACGCCGAGGAAACCGUAUCGAUGAUUGUGUACACGGAUGCACUCGAGCGACGUGCUGAAACCGGUACCUCCUACCUUGACUGCUUCAAGAAAUGCGACUUACGCCGAACCGAAAUCGCCUGCUGUGCAUGGGCGGCGCAGAGUCUGUGCGGCGCAGGCCUGAUGGGCUAUUCCACCGUCUUCUACCAGCGCGCGGGUCUCGCCGUGUCACAGUCCUUCACCAUGUCGCUCGUGCAGUAUGCUCUGGGUGUAGUGGGUACCUUUAUCUCCUGGACGGCGAUGUCGUACUUCGGUCGUCGCACCCUCUAUGUCGGCGGUCUAUUCUUCCUCGCCAUUGUGCUAUUCGUCAUCGGGUUCGUCUCAAUUGCUCCGUCCACCUCCGCCAUCUCCUGGGCCACCGGCUCCAUGCUUCUCGUCUACACGUUCGUCUACGAUUCCACCAUCGGCCCCGUCUGCUUCGCUCUCGUCUCCGAAAUCCCAUCCUCCAGACUCCGUACUAAGACCGUGGUACUGGCCCGAAACGUUUAUAAUAUUCUGAACCUAGUCACUGGAAUCAUCAUUCCCUACAUGCUGAACGUGGACGCUUGGAACUGGCGUGGAAAGUCUGGUUUCUUCUGGGGUGCGCUGUGCGUUUGCUGCUUGACAUGGUCGUUCUUCCGCCUGCCAGAGCCUAAGGGACGGUCAUAUGCUGAGCUGGAUCUAUUGUUCGAGAGACGGGUCAAGACGCGGGAGUUUGCGACUGCUAAAACUGGGCUGGAGGAUAUACAGGGCGAGGGGAAGGAUGAUAUGGUGAAGGUUUGA